GGUUACUUAGACGCUGAUGCGGCAUGAAAAAAUGAUAAACAGAAGAACUCUCUUUUCACUGGCGCCUUUGGACAAGGCCAAAGACGAUGGGGAGCAGGAGCAUGCCAGCCAUAGACGAGCGAGAGAGUGCCAUGGCUGUGUCUGCCUCAAACGGUGCAAUCACUCGGGGCCUCCACAUGCCUCCAUCUCCUCCUUCCAUCUCCAGCUGCACCAGCUUUCGUCGUCUUCUCCAUCGAUUUUUCGAGGAACCAUUGUUAGACUAUGAUGGCAGUUUUUUACUCUUUUUUAUUUUGCAGCAAUUAAGUACUGGUUUAUUUAUCGAUUUGCGAGUCUAACAAUGCUCAGUCAUGUCCUCUGGAUUCUUUUAAAAAAUAGUGCUUUUAUUAAAAUACUGACAAGCUAACGAAAACUUAAGGAAAUUGCGGUCUAUAUGAACCCAUUACCCAUGCUGAGAGUCCAUCCCUGAUAACGAGCUCGAGCUGACGAAGUUAGCAUCGACCAUGUCCAAGCCGAGGUUGGACGGCAAGGUGGCCAUCGUCACCGGCGGCGCGAGCGGCAUCGGCGAGGCGGCGGCGCGGCUGUUCGCGUCGAGCGGCGCCACGGUGGUGAUCGCGGACAUCCAGGACGCGCUGGGCGAGGCGGUGGCCGCGUCGGCCGGGUGCACGUACAUGCCGUGCGACAUCCCGGACGAGGCGCAGGUGGAGGCGACGGUGGGCGACGUGGUGGCCGCGCACGGGCGGCUGGACGUCAUGCUCAGCAACGCCGGCGUGCUGCUCCCGACGGGGUCCGUGAUGGACAUGGACCUGGCGGAGCUGGACCGCGUGAUGGCCGUCAACUUCCGCGGCGCCGCGGCGUGCGUGAAGCACGCGGCGCGUGCCAUGGUGUCGCCGAACGGCGCCCGUGGCGGCGCCAUCGUGUGCACGGCGAGCGUGGCGUCGCUCCAGGGCGGGUUUGGGCCGGCGUCGUACACGGCGUCCAAGCACGCGGUGCUGGGCCUGGUGCGCGCCGCGGCGGGGGAGCUCGGGCGCCACGGCGUGCGCGUCAACUGCGUGUCCCCCAGCGGCGGGGCCACGCCCAUGAGCUGCGCGCUCAUGGGCAUCGGGCCAGAGGAGCUGGAGGCCAUGACGGUGCCGGGCAACGUGCUGCAAGGGAAGGUGCUGCGGGCGGAGGACGUGGCGGAGGCGGCGCUGUUCCUGGCGUCCGACCAGGCGGGGUUCAUCAACGGCCACAACCUCGUCGUCGACGGCGCCACCACCGUCGUCAACCCCGCCGUGCUGCACGCCGUCGGACUGUGAACGCCGACCGUACCCCGUGAACGCCGACCGUACCCCGUGAACGCCGACCGUACCCCGUCUUCUUUGCCAUUGCCAUUGAUCUUGUUGUUGCAUAAUCCUGGCACGUUCACAUGAUCCUGUUAGUUUAGAGUUUGUUACAAUAAGCUGAGCUCUUUCACCGUUGUGACGAGCGCGUCUGUAGACUGUAGGCACCUGAUGCAUGCUCUGUUCAUGCAGAGGCAACCUGGGUCUUUAGUUUCCUCUUCUGUGCUCUGCACGUUCUCUUUGGGAUGGCGCGGCCGUUUCUCUUUGGGUUCUGGUCACGGCUUAGUUUGUUCAGGCUGCAAAUGAUAGAGUCAGAAAAGCUGCCAUUUUAGUAGCACAAAAUCCUCGUGUUCAAGCGUGAGUACAGGUGUGUGCAGUGUUCUUCUCCAGCUCCGGCAAGGUGUAGCCGGGAUCGCGACGUCAUUGGUCC